CCCCUUCUCGUUAAGGUAGGUAGUAGACUUCGGUUGUACGUAAGCGAAACCCCCAACGCUGCGCCUCUUCCUACCGGUCUCCAUUUUCGUCCGGCUGCCGUCGUCGGACGGACGGUGGCUCUCUGCCCUUGAGCUCUAUAUGUCACAGGGAGCCCUUGUUCUCUCCUCUUAGCGCCUAGUCGUCGUUUUAGUUGAGCUGUCUUAAUUCAUCCAACAACUGAUUUAACUCUUUGGUUGUUCAAAUACUGAAGAUGUCAGGUGCAUAUUCUGACUCAACUAAAAGAAGUGCAUAUUCAGAUAGAGAGAAUACAGUUGGCAGAAGUCAAUAUGUAAGAUUGGUUCUUUCAGAUGAGCCGAAAGUCAAUACUUCUGAUUCUUUAUCUCCCGAAGAAAACCCUAAAGUCAACAAAUUGCUCUGGUGGUUGAAGAUUUUCUUGUAUUCAGUUAUUUCCAUAGCUGCUGUGACCAUCUUUGUCAUUUAUGGAGUACCUUUCCUCUUUGAAAAGGUUAUUGUGCCACUAUUGCAGUGGGAAGCAACAGCUUUUGGCCGACCUGUUCUUGCCCUUGUGCUUGUUGCCUCUUUGGCCUUAUUCCCUGUCCUCUUGAUUCCUUCUGGGCCUUCUAUGUGGUUAGCGGGAAUGAUAUUCGGUUAUGGAUUUGGUUUUCUGAUAAUCAUGUUAGGAACAACCAUUGGCAUGGUGUUGCCAUAUGUUAUAGGCUACACAUUCCGUGAACAUAUUCAUAGAUGGUUAAACAGAUGGCCUGAUAAAGCUGCUGUGGUUAGGCUGGCUAGUCAAGGAACUUGGUUCCAUCAAUUCAAAGUUGUUGCACUCUUUAGGAUUUCACCUUUCCCUUAUACAAUUUUCAAUUAUGCAGUAGCUGCCACAGACAUGAAGUUUGGACCUUAUAUAUGUGGUUCAAUCGCUGGAAUGAUACCUGAAGCUUUCAUUUAUAUAUAUAGUGGUCGGUUGAUGAGAACUUUAGCAGAGAUGAAGUACAACAAUCACAAAUGGACACCUGUUGAGAUAGCAUAUAAUAUCAUUUCGUUUAUUGUUGCCAUUUUCACCAUCAUCGCUUUCACAGUGUAUGGAAGGAGGGCUCUAAACGAUCUCAAGGACACAGAAAAAUGCAAUGGUGAUGAGGCCUGUGGGCAAGUAAUUUCAAAUGAUCCCAUUGAAAUGAGGAACUUAGAUACACCAUCUCCAUCACCAUAGCAUUAGGUUUUCAUGGAGCUGAUGAGUCAUACAUUGCCUUGUAUUUUCACAAGCUAUGGAGAGGGAGAGAAAGAGGAUCAUCAGGCAGGGAGCUCCUGUGCCUUGUGACAGUAUGUUCAAGCAACUAAAAUCUUACUGGUUAGAAAGAUGAACACGUCCAUCAUGCUGGACUUUGUCCUGGUAAGGCUUCUGGAGAGUUUGUGGUUGUGCUCUGUGAGUUUUGGUGAUGAAUUGUAAUCUAUUAGCUGGCUGAGAACAUGCUAAGAUGUCAGAUUGGGGUUUGUGCUAGAUAUCUUCUUAGACAAGUGUGGGAAAAACAUAAUUUAACAUGUUAAUGAUGGGUAGAUAGCCCCUCCGGCCAUUUGUACAGCCAAAAAUCCUAACAAAGGAUCCAAUACAAACAAGGUCAUUCAAGCAGCCAA